AUGUACAAACGCACAAUGUUGUUUUGUGUGUGUAUUAAGCAUUGUACUGCACUCUGUAUUAGUAGGGCAAAAAUACCUAUAGGAAAGAUCGGACCGGGAUGGACCGAUUCACACCAAUUUUGCUCCACUCAUCUAUGCAUAAAUAGUACAAAAAGCGCGGCAGUAAAUUAUCCCCCAAUUACAUUUACAGCCCGGAAGAAAGUGAAUAUAUGUAUAUUUAUAUACUUUUUAACCACUGUUGAUAUUGCUAUUGCUAUUGCUAUUGCUAUUGCUAUUGCUAUUGAUAGUGGCAUUGAUAUUGGCAUUGCUACUGCUAUUGUUAUUGCUUACAGUAUAUCUUUAAGUGUACAGGUGUACAGGUGUGUAUGUGUAUGGGCAUGCGUAUUUGUGUGUAAUUCAAAAGCUUCUGGUGAAAACCUUACUCUAACUAUAAAUUCAAAUUAA